GCACUGGAACACUAACGAAAAUCCCGUUGGCUCAGCGCAUGUGAAGCUUGCGUUAGCACGCACUUCAGGCGGAGCCAGCGGCAGCUCGUCUUAAGCGACCCGGCGUAUGCGCUACAUUAUUCGCAGAAGCUUGCACCAGGCAGAUGUCCGCCUCAUAUGCGACGCUUCCGGCGAUUACACUGCCUUGUCUUUCGGACUGCGGCUUGCGGAUGAAGCAACUGUCAACGGUUUGCAUCACGCCCCUCUUUGCUGAUAACAUGACGAGCUGGCAUCUGCGCUCAUACCGCGCUAAGAUGGAUGAGGCAGAUAACGUUUACAUCGCACGCUGCCGCACGCUGCCACACGCUGCAAAGGAGGGAGGACAGGUGGGUGGUAUGGAACAACGCGCCACGAUGCAUACCACAUGAACACCUCAACAGCGCAGCGGCUUCCGCGCCUUGGUCCUCGCGAAGGCUCCACGCAUCAACCAGGUCUCCUUGGAGUUCCCGACAGAUGUACGCG